AGGUACACCAAACUUUUUUUUUUUUUUUUUAAUGGAAUUAUACUCACCUUUAAUACAACUUACAUCUUUCCCGCACUUCUGGGUGUACGAGCACAGUAAAUGUUUGUUCAUCCUUUUCAGAAGUUGUUAGAGAAGCUGUAAAACUUUAGUCGCCAUCUUGACACGAAAGCUGUAUCCCACAACUCUUUUAGUUACAGUGCGCCUUCCCCGAACUAUGGCUCAAUUUAAACUCUGUUCAUUGUUGAGAAGACCUAUCACCACUACAUCCAGUGAACGCAUUGCCAAAACUCACAACCAGGCGACCUGACUUCUUGUCUUAGCGUGAAAACGCACUCUCGAUAAACGAGGUCACGGCCAGAAGGACUUGAAAAUGCAGAUUUCAAUAACCCAUUCCAGGAUUAUAUUCACAUUUAGUUUGCUACAGACUAUAUAACUGAUAUCACAAUCUGCGACUGUGUGUCUGCUCUGCAGUUGGCUGCCUUAUCUACUCCAGUAGCAAACAAAACAAAAUUCAGUUUUGCAAGCAGUUUGGAUCAUCAUUACCUUGUGAAAAGAAGUACAUGUCCUCAAGAUCAACAUGCUGGAAACAAUGGAUUGUGCUGCCAGAUGUGUGCACCAGGCCAGAAAUUGAAGAAGGAUUGUACAACUAAACAUGGAACCAACCUGUGAGCAGUGUCCAUUAGGAACAUAUACUUCCUACCCAAACUACUUAACGGACUGUGAAGCUUGUAAAAUAUGUGACGAAGAGAAUGGGUUUGUGGAAGAGUUGCCAUGCAAGAUGACUAGUAACAGAAAGUGCAGAUGUCUGAAGGGCUUCUAUUGUGAUGCCAAGACAGACUGUUUCCACUGUACACCCUGCCAAAAGUGCGGAAAUUCUGAGAUUGAAGAAAAGGAAUGUACACAAACCAACAACACGGUCUGCAAGCCAACAGCAAAAAGUGGCAGCAGUUGGUGGCUCUUUCUUAUCAUUUUACCUAUAAUGGCAAUAAUAAUAGGGUCAGUUUAUUGUUGGAUCACCAAAAAACUCUGCUUUGGCAAAAAAUAUAAACUUGAUAUUGAUGAAAACAUAACAUGUACUACUACUGAGGCUAACCCUCUUCUUCCAGAUAUUGACCUUCAACCCCAUCUCUACUUUAUUGCGGACACAGUUGGCUUCAGUGAGACAAGGAAGUUUCUUUUAACAAAUGGAUUUUCCAAGGGAGAAGUUGAAAAUAUUGUAGGGAACAAUCCAAACAAUGUUAGGGAUCAGACCUUUGAAUUAUGGGCGGAAUGGUUACAACAACAUGGAAUUCCCAAUGCCUACUCCACUUUGAUAAAGACGCUCCAGGAAAUGAAACUAAACCAAAAUGCUGAUGCAAUACUCAGGAAAAUCGGAAAAGGUGUUAAAAAUUUAAAUGGAGACAGUGAUUGUGAAGAUGCAUAGCCCUUUCCAAUGUGUUAUAACAACAGGAAAUGCCAAGGGCAUAGUGAGCAUUUUAUCAUCUAAAGCAAGGGUUUCCAACCGGGAGUACGCGUAGCCCUGGGGGUACUUCUAAGGGUCAUAGGGGGAACUCAGGACAACUCAGAAAUGCACAAAUAAAAAUGAAAGUAAGAGAAAAUAAUGAUUUUAACGCUGUUAUAUGUUCUCUAAACCACGAUAUAUAUUUAUUUAAUCUUUGUUUAGCAGUUAACGGCUAAUGAGAAAAAAAAAACAGAAACAGAAACACAGACUAUCGCAUCCACAUUUUCCACUUGUGUGCAUGUUCGAUUUUGAUUGUGUGGAUUGUUCCAGGAGAGAGCUCUGGGCUGCUCAUGAUUUUUGCUGUUUUCAACCUGUGGUAUCUGUGAAGCACAGAGUUUCUGCGUUUUUUAGAAGUAUAAAUUCUCUGGUAAACAUAAAUAGUCAUCACAAUACUCAUACUUUGAUGGCUUUUGUUUAUUACCGCGGCUGCACUUUAUUAACAGCAGUAGUGACUGGUUGAAUACGUGUUCUGUGUUUGAUACAUUUCUUACUUGCAAUAGAAAAUCGAAGGAAAACACAAGUCAGAAAGUGCAAAGCGACAAAGUUAAACAGAGUCCCUUUGGAUCAUUUUUAGUCAGUAAUUAAUUAUAGUUUUAUCUUGAGGUUAAUGUUUUUGAUAUUGUAAACAUUUUAAGCGACACACAAUUAAGCCGAGGUGGGAUGUAAAUAGUAAACAUUUACAGUGCAGACUAUUUUGUAUUUUUAUAAUGACUUUUCCCAAUAGAAAGCAAAAGAUUCCUAAAUACUACCUUUCAAUUCUUUGCAUCCAAGUUUUAAGAAUGAAGCCUCCUGUUUGGUUUUCUGGUUUCUCAGCAAUUUGUCAGUCCCAGACUUGUGUAAAAUUAUAUAUGAAAUAAACCGGAGAAAAAAGAAAUGUGUUAACCAGA